AUGAGAGCCUUCGAAGCGUACACCAGGAGACAGGAAUUCGGCAUGUUGUACUCCGCAAGGAAACUGAGGGAGUUUAUAGGUCCCGCACCAAUCCUGCCUUCAGGCUCAGUUGUUCAUUCUGGAAAAGAUGUCCAUGGUUUCUAUCCCGGGCAACUAGGACGGGUCCACAAGGCACACACAUCCCGCGGAGCUCCAGGACCUUUCAGCAAACUGCAACCAGCUCCAGUAAACUAUGAAGCCAAAACUCCAUUCCAACCUGACUUUGACAAUUCAGCUCUCGGGAAUUACGUGCGUUUUCAAAAACUAAUGGAAAAGACCACCAUCGACUGGUACAAUCAAACUUCGUACAAAGCAGCAUUUGACUUGCCGUAUCACAACUCAAGUCACGAGAAUAAAUAUACACCUAAGGAUCCCGGACCACGUAUUAUCUGGACAAGUACUCGUAGAAGGAUGUUUUCAACUUUCCAGGCCUGCACUUGAGUGGAAGAAUCAAAAGAAACUGAAUCAGCUGAACUUAAAAGAAAGCACAAGAACAAACUACUCUUGCAUCCAAGACAAUUCUGGUUUGUUUCUUUAAUUGCACAAAUACUUUCUACCAUACCAUUUUAGGCUAUGGCUUUAUUGCUUAGAAAUCCUGCUGCAUGUGGGCAUAUCAAUUCCUCAACUGAAAAACGAGGGUAGUUUGUCCAGUGGAGUGAUAACAGUGGGAGAAUUGAAACAUGCCUUGAACUUGAAGCUCUCUCCUUGGCAGAAGCGAAACAGAACUACAUAGUAACCCCUCAUUUAUACACUCACUGUAGAAGGAAAACAUGCCCUCGUUUGUUUAUUUACUCACUCCUUGAACCAGCUAGGCCCCCAGUCCUUGGCUGGUAGUUUCACUGACAGCACAAAUCCCCUUGGUGCCUCCUACAGCUACAGAAAGGCAAGAAUACUAAGUAAUUAUUACUUAUUGUUCAUAUUGCAAGGUCAGUUCCCUCCAUCGCCUCAAAAAAAGUAAUAUUGGGUUUUUUUCCUUCUAAAUUAACAUUGGAAUUUAUGUUUCACACAGUUAUAUCCCUCCUUCUCUUCAUCCGGGAAUUGGGAACAGAUUUUUAAUUCAAGACUGCCCUUAGCUAGGGAGGGAUGGUACGGCUUUCUCCUGGACUGCAAGGCUGACAGCAGAACUAGACCCUC